AUGAAAAAUGAAAUACUUCAAACAUUAUAUCCUGUUGGUUCUAUUUAUACAUCAAUGAACUCAACAAAUCCAGCAAGUGUUUUAGGUUUUGGUGAAUGGAAGCAGAUUGUAGACAAAUUCUUAUACUGUGCUAGAUAUUCAAAGACGGCAGGAGGUUCGAAGAAAAUUAAAGAAGCAAACCUUCCACCGCACACUCAUACAGGAACUACAAACACAACAGGUAAUCAUUCACAUUCAAUAACAAAAAGAGGUUAUAUAAAUCUUGCAGCGGGUUCGGAUAGAUGGGGAAUGAAUAGAUAUGAUAUCACAACUGACCCAGUAGAUUCAAGCACAGGUAUUUUCUGUGGAACCGCAGGUAAUCAUUCACACACUUUCACAACAAAUCCAACAGGCUUGGGUAAAGAUUACAUGCCACCAUUUAUGACUGUAUUCGCAUGGUACCGCGUUCAUUGA